UAUAAAAGCUGAUGUCGGUCGGAUGGAAAGUCAUCACAUCGGCACAGACCGUUCCAGUGACAACUUCACCGAAGAUGGAAGGACUUACAGCUACUAAAAAUACGAGUUUGUUUGAAGGCACGCUGAAAAACGUUUGUGAAAAUUUUCAUUUUUGGUCGAUCGCAGAACACGAGAAGAAUUCCGGAACAACUGUCAUCGAAGAAUCUUACGGCCACGAAGCUAUUCCGGACGGCAGCAAUGGACCAACCGACUUGAAGACGACCAGUCCACCAACAUCCAUGGCGUAUCCUAACUGUGAUUUGAAUAUUUGGUUGCGGUCCUGCGAGAUAGAAGUGAUCAAUCCACUGGAAGGCAUCACUACUGGAGCCAUUCCAUUAUGGGUCAAUGGAAGCUUGUACAGAAAUGGGCCCGGAAAGCAAGACUAUGGUCGCCAAAGAGUCAACCAUCUUUUCGACGCUGCUGGGCUUCUGCAUAAAUUUAACGUCCGCAAUGGCAAAGUAACCUACCAGUCCCGCUAUGUCAACUCGACGUCUUACGUGCUCAACACUGCUGCGGGGCAAUUGGUAGUCCCGGAAUUCACUACUCCAGCAGCUCCCGAUCCGUGUAAAUCCAUAUUCCACAGGAUCAGCUCGUUAUUCGUUUUGGAUCAAGUCGUUUCAGACAACGCGAUGAUUAGUAUUUAUCCGUUGGGCAAGGAUCUUUACGCCUUCGCCGAGACUCCGUUCAUCCAUCGCAUCGAUCCUGUAACUAUGGAAACGACAAGACGAGAAAGCCUUCACGAGACGCUGAGUGUCUUCAAUCAAUCGUCUCAUCCGCACAUCACAGAGAGCGGAGAAGCUUAUCAACUUGGCCAGAAAAUCGGAGCCAAAGGACCGAGCUAUGUCGUUAUUCAUUACCCUCCAGACGAUCAAGAAUCCAAGGCAACCGAACGAGCUCGCGUCGUGACAACUGUUCCGUGCCGUUCGCUCAAAGAGCCGAGCUACAUGCACAGUUUCUCAAUCACAGAUUCCUACUUCGUCCUGAUCGAACAGCCGCUAAAUGUCUCUUUCAAGACGGUUUUGAGUAGUUUCCUAUCCGGCAAACCUCUGGUUAAUUCACUGAAAUGGCGUCCAAACAAGAAAACGAGGAUUCGCGUGAUAUCCCGCAAAACUGGAGCUGAAUUACCGGUGCAGUACGUGACGGAAGCCUUUUUCUUCUUACACACUGUCAACGCAUUCGAAGCUGACGAUCACCUGAUUGUCGACAUCUGCUGCUACGCCAAUGCUAAAAUGUUGGACUGCAUGUACAUCGACGCUUUGGAGAACGCCCAAAGCGAUCCCAAUUAUGCUUCGCUCUUCAGGGGAAGACCGAAGCGCUUCGUCAUGCCGUUGAAUCCUAAACAGGGAAAGGAAGGAAAUCUGAAUACCUACGCUCAUUCGUUAUCUGAAGCCAAAUGGAUGAACGGUGGCUCAUCAAUGUACAUCAAACCGGACGAACUUUGCCCGCUGGGCUGCGAAACGCCACAGAUCAACUACAACAAAUACAAUGGGAAGCCGUACCGUUAUUUCUACGCCAUUUCUUCGGAUGUGGACGCAGAAAAUCCAGGCACUCUUAUUAAAGUUGACACCAUCGAGAAGAAAUGCCGGACAUGGGCUGAGAAGAACGUCUACGCUUCGGAACCAGUUUUUGUCCCACAUCCAGAUGCAAAAUCGGAAGAUGACGGUGUGCUGUUGUCGUCGAUGAUAUUUGGCGGACACAACGAAAAGCGGACUGGCCUUUUAGUGUUGGAUGCGGCUACUUUCAAGGAAAUCGGUCGAACAGAAUUUCACACUCCUAGCCCCGUGCCGAAAUGCCUUCAUGGAUAUUUCUCUCCUACAAAGUAAAAUAAUAUUCUUUGAUUCCCCCCAAAGUUCGACCGUCAUUUGUAAGAGGAAAUUGCUUUUGAUAAGGCUCGACUAUAUUCUUCGUUUAAGUUUUCACUUGUUCAACGUUCGUUUGACAUAUUCAUCACAUGCAUAUACACAAAAACGAAAUAAUACGAUUACACAAAUUGCACUGUCAUAGCACGUUAUCGAGUCAUGUGUCAAGUCUUUUGAUUUGAAUAAAUCGAGAUACAAUACAGUAUUAAC